GAAGACUUUGAACGAGCAAUAAGUUCCCGCCCUUCUAGAGGGCAGCCCCCGGUUGGCGGCGCGACUCGGCGCGCCACGCGUGCGUGCGGGCAUCAGUGGUGCUCACAAGAGCCUCGAUCACCAUCGUGUUCAGACGUGUCGGUUACGGUUUAAGUUACAGAGUGUGAUAUACUUAUAUAUAAUAAAGAUAGUAUUCAGAGUGUACAAAGACCAAGAUUGUUGUGUUCCCUGCUCAUCUCACCACAUUUCAAGUCGUCCCUGAUUAUAUUUCCAAUAGGUUAUGGGCCCAGGGCACGAUUCUUCUGCGUGAGGAACAUAGCACGAAAGUGUAUAUACGAAGUGUGUGAAACGCCGGCGAAGGGCAUAGAAAGAGAUAGAAGCAUCUAAAAGAUUAGAGGGUGAGUAAAUAAUAUUCCUCGUUGCUGACGAGCAAAACGAGAGAAUUCUCAGUUAAUAAGAAUGUUCGUUCGAUAAAUACUGUUACAAGGAGAUAGAUGUUUUUGCCAUUUUUCUCGAGAAAUAGAAAUAGAGGUAAUAAUGGUAAUAAGAGAAUUAGAGAAUAGAUGUGUAAAGUGUAAUAAAGAAGUAGAGAAUAAUGAAGGAAAAAGAGAUAGAAAAAUGCCGCUUGGUAGCAAGUCGGCGACGUGCGCGUGCAAGUCCGAUCGUGAACGGCGAGAGUCAUUUCUUUUGGCGCGCGGAAUUUUUGGCGCGCGGAAGUCCGAUCGUAGACGGCGAGAGUCAUUGUUUUUGGCGCGCAGAACUUGUUGCUGGGCGCGCACAAACACAUAAUCGAUUUCGACUAACAACAUGGCAUCGAUGCUAGAUGGCUAGAUUACGAUACAUGUAAAUGUAUGCGUAUGCUAGAUGGCUAGAUUGCGAUACAUGUAAAUGUAUGCGUAUGUAUAAAAACUCUAUAUGACUCUAUAUGAGUUUAUUUUUUUUGAAAUCGAUAUGUAUCGGGUCGGUAAUUGAGCAUGACUUGCUGUGCGGUGUAGCUUGAUUACUGUUUAGGGAAGCCGCGUAAAUUUGUAUGGGCCCCGUGCGUGUGCGUGAUCAACCCGAGCUCCCAUAGAUCUUUUCAGCAGUGCUGGGGAUCGCAACGGACAGUGGUGUGUGCGUGCGGAUAGCCCUGCAGAGGCGCGUGGUUUUCUCGCUUUGGGGUUAUUGUGAAUUGCAGUGCGUUCUAUAUAGCCUCAUAAGCAUUAAAUUUUUAUCGCUGAAAGAGAUCUAGUGAUAGAAAUUAUGGAAGAAGAAGAAGGCCAAGAUGCGCUGGUCGACUACGACAGCGAUAGCAGCUUUAUCACGGUAAUAGAUAAAAAAGCAAAAAAUAAAAACGAGGAGACAGUAAGAAAAGAUAGAGAAGCAAAAGACAAGAAGGAGACUGAAGCAAAGGGUGCAAUCCCGAAACGCGGCAAACCAAAGAUAAUAGAAAACAUAGAUGUGAAUAGAGAAUGGGCUGAAAAUCGUCCUGUACUACCUAUAGGGACAAAGAUACUUUACGAGAAACAAGAAAAGAUGGUUGAGAAAAUGGACAAUUCGAUGCAGAUGCUGGAUAAAGUAAUGACGAAGGCCACCGAGAUGAUGGAGAAUAUGGUGGAAGUCUCCCGUUUAAACUUAGAGAAAGAAAAAGUUAAACUUAGACGUUUAGAGGUAAGCAAUAAAGAUACCCAAAGUUCAGUAGAAAACAGUAAACAAACGGUUAAAGAACUAGAGGUAGAGUCUAAAAAGAGAAAAUUAAAUGAAAUAACAGUCUGUUCAGCCGAAAAAGAUAGGAGUUUAGAGACAAUGAAAAGAGCUAUAGAAUUGGAAUUGAACAGUCAAAGGUUGCAUAUUAGAAGAGAAUAUAAGCUGACGCAAAAAUCCAACUUUGAUCUUUGGAUGGAUUAUUUAAAAUCUGAGUUAAUGAAUAACGAGUUGUUAGAUGUAAUAGAUUCAAACAUUGAAAGUCCAGAAAAUCUCUCCGAACUAAAAGUUGCUAAGAGAAAAAGUCUUGUUAGAGAUAUAAUAAUCAAUCAUUUAGAUGAAAACUAUCAUAAAAGGAUUCUACAUGAAAAAGAUCCGAAAGAAAUUUUGAAGAAAUUGAGAGGAUAUAAAAAGAGUGAAGUAAACGUUACUCAUGCAUCGGUACGAGCUAAACUCUAUCAAAUUAAAAUGAGAAAAGACGAAAAAGUAAGUGAUUUUUGUGAACGCUUCGAUUCAAUAAUUAGAGAAUAUGAAUCAUGUGAAGAUGCGGUACCCCUCACAGAACAAGAGAUUAGAUCUGCACUUUAUCAGGCUGUGUCAAUUAAUGUACCAGAGCUGAGGAAUGUAGAUUUAAUUAGAAGACAAACUAAUCUUAAAGAAAUGAACAUAGAUGAAAUAAAGUCUUUUAUGAUGCAGUUAGAAGCAGAGACUAAAAACGAGAAUAAAGAAAAAUUAGAGAAGCCCGAAGUCAGGGUACAGAGGGCUGCUGCAGAAGAGAACAUGAAACAAGUGAAAUGCUACAGAUGCAACCGAAUGGGUCAUAUGGCAAAGGACUGUCCACUAAUAGAAUUUGGUGCCUGGUUUUGUUGCUACUGCCAGGAAGUACGAGGUCACAAGGGUGAUAAUUGUCCGAGUGCCGAAGCCCAGGCGAACAGAGCUAGAGGAAAAAGAUAUUUAAAUAAAACCGUUAAUAAAAACAUAAAGAAAAAGGGUAGAUUUGUGCAAAAAGGCACAAAAAGAGUAGAUAACAAAGGGAAAAUAACCAAGAUACAACCAGCUGAGAAACCUAUAUCAACGAAAACAGCAAAUAAAGGAGAAUCAGAAGAAGGUAAAUAAUACAUGGUUAAAUUAAUAGAAGAUAGAGAUAGUUCAAAAGAGGUAGUCAAUUUUACUGCAGAUUCGGGUGCUACGGAUCAUAUUGUGAAUAAGAAUUUUAUUCUGUCAAAAUUUGAAAAAUGUAAAGAUAGAGUUAUUAAAUGCGCGAAUAAAAAUGAGCUUGCAAACAUUUUAAUAGAUGGUAAAGGAAAUCUUACGCUAAUAAUGAAUGAAAAAGAAAAGAGAGUCAUUAAAUUAACAAAUGUAAUUGCAGCAAAGAAAGUAUCCAAAAAUUUACUAUAUCUAAGAAAGUUGGCUGAUGCAGAGUUCAGUAUUUAUUUAGAUGAUAAAGUGUUUAAAGUUUACAAUAAAUUGACAAAUAAAAUAGUUUUUAAAGGAAUUUACAGAUGUAGAGCAGAAAUUGUUCCACAUAGUGAGCUUCCUGAACAAUCGCAAGCAAACAUUCAGACCAAUGAAUUAUCAAUUUCGGAGGGAGAGUUAGAUGAGAGGGAUAAUGUUGGCUCUGCGAUUGGGAGGGAGAAUGAAGGAGAGCUCACAAAUGUGAACGAAAAUAUAGAACACAAUAAUGCUGAACUCGAUCAAGUCAUUAAGUUAGAAGAUAUACAGACAAUAGAGAAUAUAGAAGAAAUGUGUGAAAGCUCAGUAAUUGAAAAAGUAAAGAAACUAGAGAAAAUAAAUGAGGUGAUGUUAUGGCAUGUUAGAUUAGGUCAUGCAUCGUUAAACUAUCUAAAACAAUUACAAAAAGUAGAAAAGAGAUUAGAAAAUGUAAAGUUUGAUAACUUUAUAUUAGAGUGUGAAGUAUGUAUAAUGGCAAAGAUGGCAAAACUGCCGUUUAAAGAAAACAGAAAUAGAGCACAGAGACCACUACAGGUAAUACAUACGGACAUCAUAGGUCCAAAACCUACAUCCUAUCCAGGACAAAAGAGGUUUAUAAUCACUUUUAUAGAUGACUAUUCUAGAUUAGCAAAAGCCUACUCUCUGAAAACAAAAGAUGAAUCGGGAGAGGCUCUAGAGAAAUAUCUUAUAUCCGCCAGAAAUCUACUAGGAAAAGAAGAAAAGCUAUGCUAUGCAAAGUCAGAUCAAGACAAAGAAGUUGCAGAAAGGUUCAACAGAACGUUGAAAGAGAAAGUAAGAACAUAUAUGCUCGACUCGGGAUUACUAAAGAGUAUGUGGGAGUUGGCAGUUGACGCUGCUGUGCAUGCGUACAACAGAUCUCCACAUAAGACUUUAGAGUAUGAGAUCCCGUUGAAGAAGUUUUCAUCAGAAACAAGUUGUCAUUUUGAACAAAUAAAGAAAUUCGGAUGCAUUGGAUAUGCAAGAGUACCAAAGCCUACGUCGAAAUUCGACAAGACAGCUAUUGGUGUGUUGGUGGGAUAUACUGACACUGGAUAUAUACUAUAUACUCUGGUAUCCAAGCACGAGAAAAUUUAUAGAGUCAUGACAACAGAGCAGCAAGAAACUGCACUAAGAUGGAUAGAAGUCACAAACUUAAAAUGUUUGAUGACGACUUAGAAGAAAUAAAGAAAGACUUAGAAGAAAAAGAAGAAACUGGAAACAGAAAACAUAUGGAUAACACUCAUGGAGAUUUUAUCAAGCAGUGUGUUGAUUAAGGGAAGGUAAAAGUCGAAUGGAUAAAGACCAAAGAGAAUUUGGCAGACAUUAUGACAAAACCUUUACCUCUAGAAGCAUUUGUGUAUCUGAGAGAUAAAAUAAUGAAUAUGGAGUUUAGACAAAGUUAGAGAUUAAUUUUAGUCGAUAACUAAUUCUUGUUAUG